GAUGGCCGGCGCUUGAUGGUGCUUGCCCCCGUCUUGUUGAUCGCAGCGGCAGCGGGAGGUGUGGUUCUGGUUCUGGUUCUUGGUGGCGUUGCUGGUCGACUCGGCGCGCUGGCAAUCGGCGUCGCUUCGAGGAGGGGGAGGGUGGCGGUCGCCGGAGGUGGUGGUGGAGGCGACGGGGAGGAGCGGAUCGGAGAUCACGAGGUGGGGUGUUUCAGCUGCGACCAAGGAAUGAGCUUGCAGAGCUGCCCGGCCGCGGCCGCGGCCGGUGAACCGCCGGCCGGGACGGCGGAGGAGCUGCUGGAGCGGGCGCGCGGGCUGGUGCCGGCCGCGCUGGAGGCGGCGCGCGCGGCCACCGGCUUCGGCGGCCGGUGGAAGGCCAUCGCGGCGAGGCUGGAGAGGGUGCCGCCGUGCCUGUCCGACCUGUCUAGCCACCCCUGCUUCUCCAAGAACUCGCUUUGCCGGGAGCUGCUGCAGUCGGUGGCCGCCACGCUCGCCGAGGCCGCCGAGCUCGGCGCGCGCUGCCGCGAGCCGCCGAGGGCCGGGAAGCUGCAGAUGCAGAGUGACCUUGACGCGCUCGCCGGCAAGCUGGACCUUAACCUCCGGGAUUGCGCGCUUCUUAUCAAGACCGGUGUGCUGUCCGACGCGACCGUACCGGCCGCGCCAGCGGCUGAGGCGGCGGCGGCCGCGCAGACGGAUGUGCGCGAGCUGCUUGCGAGGCUUCAGAUCGGGCACGCGGAGGCGAAGCACCGGGCGGUGGAUGGUCUACUGGAUGCGCUACGCGAGGACGAGAAGAGCGUGCUGUCGGCGCUCGGCCGUGGUAACGUGGCCGCGCUGGUGCAGCUGCUGACGGCGACGGCGCCCAAGAUCAGGGAGAAGGCGGCUACCGUCCUCUGCUUGCUGGCCGAGUCCGGCAGCUGCGAGGUCUUGCUAGUGUCAGAAGGGGCGCUGCCGCCGCUCAUCCGGCUGGUCGAGUCCGGCAGCCUUGUCGGCCGGGAGAAGGCCGUGAUCACCCUGCAGCGGCUGUCCAUGUCGCCCGACAUCGCCCGCGCGAUUGUCGGCCACAGCGGCGUCCGUCCGCUGACCGACAUUUGCCAAACCGGGGACUCCAUCUCGCAGUCCGCGGCGGCCGGCACGCUCAAGAACCUCUCCGCGGUGCCCGAGGUCCGGCAAGCGCUGGCGGAGGAAGGGGUCGUGCGCGUCAUGAUCAACCUGCUCGACUGCGGCGCCGUGCUCGGUUCCAAGGAGUACGCCGCGGAGUGCCUGCAGAACCUCACGUCGAGCAACGACAACCUCCGGCGCUCCGUCGUGUCGGAGGGCGGCCUCCGCAGCCUGCUCGCCUACCUCGACGGCCCGCUGCCGCAGGAACCCGCCGUGGGCGCGCUCCGCAACCUCGUGGGCGCCGUCUCGCCGGACAGCCUGGUGUCGCUGGGCGUGCUCCCGCGGCUCGUCCACGUGCUCCGCGAGGGCUCCGUCGGCGCGCAGCAGGCGGCGGCGGCGGCCAUCUACAGGAUCUCGAGCUCGUCGGACAUGAAGCGCCAGGUCGGCGAGCACGGCUGCAUGCCGCUGCUGGUGCGGCUGCUGGAGGCGAAGUCGUACGGCGCGCGCGAGGUGGCGGCGCAGGCGGUGGCGAGCCUGAUGAGCUGCCCUCCCAACGCGAGGGACGUCAAGAAGGACGAGAAGAGCGUGCCCAACCUGGUGCAGCUGCUGGAGCCGAGCCCCCAGAACACGGCCAAGAAGUACGCCAUCUCCUGCCUCCUGUCCCUCUCGGCGAACAAGCGCUGCAAGAAGCUGAUGAUCUCGCACGGCGCCAUCGGCUACCUCAAGAAGCUCUCCGAGAUGGACGUCACCGGCGCCAAGAGGCUGCUCGAGAAGCUGGAGCGCGGCAAGCUGCGCAACCUCUUCAGUAGGAAGUAAAACUGAAGAAGCUGCAAAAACUACCAGUAGCAGUAAGCUAGCCAAGCCUUCUUUUUGCCGCAAACCUGUAUAAAAAUCCCGUGCUGUUUCAUAGCCUCUAUGAAGUGGAAGUGAAGGUGAACUGCUGUGCAGUGCAAGAGAGUAUCUGAUCUGAACAUAAACGACUUUGUAAUAUCGUCGCCGUCUAAUUUCGCUGUGUAGUGCUUAUAUGUCCCUCUAGUCUGAAAACUCUGAAUCAUUGCAGUUUCCAAUGUCAGUGCCAAUAAUCAUUUGCAGUGUUCA